AGCUUCACCCACUCCUCCAACCUGCACCUGCACCGCCGCACCCACUCGGCCGCACGGCCCUUCCGCUGCCCCGCCUGCCCCAAGGCCUUCGUGGUGGCCGCCUACCUGCAGCGCCACCUGCGCACCCACCGUGCGCCUGAGCCGCACCCCCCGGCCUGUCUGCUGCUGCGGGGGGGGCCGCCCCUCCCGCCCGCCACCCCCCGCAAGGUACUACUGCUACCUGGCCCCACCAAGCCUGCCCAGGUGGCGCAGGUGGGGAAGGGGCCGCACGCCUGGCAGGGCGUCCUGGUGGUGCCCCCUGGGGCGGGACAGGAGGGGGCGGGGACGAGUGUGAUUGUGCUGAGGGGUGGGAUGGGGCCUGCAGGUGUGCAGGUACAGGUGGCUGAGGCGGCAGGGAUGGCGACAGGUGUGACAGGUGUGGCAGGGGUCACAGGUGUGACGGGUGGGGCAGGCAUGGCAGGUGUACAACUCCUCCAGGCCACCGAGGUGACAGGUGUGGCAGGGGUCACAGGUGUUCCAAGUGUGCAACUCCAGGUGUUGCCGGAGGUCACCAAUGUCCAGGUGCGGGGGGGGGAGGGGACAGGUGUGACAGGUGUGGCAGGUGUGACCCGGGUAACAGGUGUCAAAAGUGUGCCAGGUGUGCCAGGUGUGCAGCUCCAGGCCACUGAGGUGACAGGUGUGGCAGGGGUGCCAGGUGUCACGGGUGUGCCAGGUGUGCAGCUCCAGGUGUUGCCGGAGGUCACCAAUGUCCAGGUGCAGGGCAGGGAGGUAACAGGUGUGACAGAGGGGGCAGGGGUGACAAGUGUCCUAGGUGUCCCAGCUAUUACUGGUGUGACGGGUGUCACAGGUGUGACAGGUGUUGCAGGUGUCACAGGGGUGCAGCUCCAGGCCACCGAGGUGACAGGGGUGACAGGGGUGCCAGGUGUCACAGGGCUGCAGCUCCAGGUGCUGCCGGCGCCCUCCGAGGUGGCCAAUGUCCAGCUCCAGGUGUUGCCACCGCCCCCUGAGGUGACCAAUGUCCAGCUCCAGGCACAGCCACCACCCUCAGGUGUCACCUGUGUUCAGCUCCAAGCAGGCCGCUGA